AGUUUCGUAUAGCCAGAUCUUUCCGGGACAACAUUAGCUUUGAGGUCAGAUACGCAAUUGCUGGCUAUUUUGAUGGCAUCCUGUUUCGACUACAAGCUGACUCUCACUCUGGCUAUAGAAUAUCAUUGCGAAUAAUGUCGAGUUUACUUAUCGUAUUAACAAACAUAUACUCGUACAGCCAGGCUGGGUAUAGUAAAAUCUGUAUUAAUUUGAUUUUUGCGUGAUUUUGGCACGUGUGGAAGCACCUCCAAAGGAUGGAUAAGUUUGUGCAACGCCAACCGUCCCAAGCUUCUACCGGGGACUGCCCGGACGUAUCGCAACCGACGACUUCUGUCAGUUCAAAGACCAGCCAAGGGCCUUCUAUAGUAGCAGAAAAUGAUAAGACCACGCCUACGUCCAUGACGGACGCGCGUCUGCAGCGUGACCUCAACAGCCGCAGCGCUUUACUUCGAGUGCGUGCCAUGUACGCUCUCAAAAAUCCUACCAAAAACGCAUACACUGUAUUUGAUGUGCCACAUACCGAACAAGAUCUUAUCUUUGACGACGAAGGAGAAUCCUCCGAUUGAACCAAAACGGCACAGUGGGAUCUUCGGCCAAUUCAGUUUAAUAGCUUCUGAACGAAAAGGGAUGUCUCCUUGAAAUAAACUGCAUUUGAAAACAA